AUGGCGUCAGCAGAUCCAGAGAAAGAUAUUACAGGAGCUCCAACUCAUCCGGAAGCUUCCCGGGAAGCUCAAAAUGCAGAUGAGAUCUCACCCAACCUCCCCUCGAUCCACGUCGAUGAUAAUUAUGCGCUCUAUAAGUCAGGGAGAGAGAUCGAGGUCUCCCCAGCCGAACAAAAGCGCGUGCUCAGGAAGAUAGAUUUCAGAAUCAUCCCAAUAUUGUUUGUGACGUAUAUGUUGCAGUACCUGGACAAGAACUCGAUUAAUUUCUCAAGUGUGUAUGGAUUGCAGAAAGGCACGCAUUUGAAAGCGCAGGAUUAUUCGUGGCUUGGUUCCAUCUUCUACUUUGGCUACUUGCUCUUCCAGUUCCCCUCCGGAUAUCUGCUUCAGCGUUUGCCAAUCAGCAAAUUUCUUUCUCUGGCAACGAUUGCGUGGGGCAUUAUACUCAUUACAACGCCGGCAUGUGUUUCUUUUGGAGGCAUCGCGACAAACAGAUUCUUUCUCGGGGCGCUGGAGGCGACGGUAAAUCCUGGGUUCGUGUUGUUGAUGAGCAUGUGGUAUACCUCUGCUGAGCAGCCGUUGAGGCUGGAGAUCUAUUACUGCACAAACGGCAUAGCAACCAUGUUCGGCGGCCUAAUCGGCUAUGCAGUCGGCCACAUCACCACGGGCCUUCCGCAAUGGAUGUACGUCUUCCUGAUCUUCGGCGCCCUCUCGAUAACCUGGGGCAUCAUCUCCCUCCUCAUCCUCCCCGACCUCCCCUCCACAGCAGCCUUCCUCGCCCCGCACGAACGCAUGCUCGCCAUCCAGCGCGUAGCCGCGAACCGCCAAGGCGUCAAGAACCACCACUUCCAGGCCUACCAAGCGCUGCAAACGGUCCGCGAUCCCAAGACAUGGAUCCUGUUCGUCAUGGCGGUCGGCGCGCAGGUGCCGAACGCCGCGCUCACGUCCUUCACUUCGAUCAUCGUGGCCAGUUUUGGCUUCGACACGCUCGGGACCCAGUACUUGCAGAUCCCUGGCGGUGCGGUGCAGUUCCUUGCACUGCUUGCCGGGGGGUUCGUGUGUACGAGGUGGCCGGACAAUACACGUUGCAUCGUGAUGAUUUUUGCGAACAGUGUAUGUAUUCUCGGGGCUGGGUUGCUUGUUGGACUGUCGGAUGAGAAUAAAUGGGGACGGCUUGUAGCGUUGUGGUUGUGCUAUUUCCAGGGUCUGGGGUUUAGCAUGAGCUUGACGAUGGUGAGUAGUAAUGUGGCCGGGUACACGAAGAAACAGUUGACUGGCGCGGUGCUGUUUACGGGGUACUGUGUUGGGAAUAUUGUGGGCCCGCAGACGUUCAUUGCGAAAGAAGCGCCUCGGUAUCACAGUGCGUAUAUAGCGAUGCUUGUCGGGUACAGCGUCAAGUUACUGAUGGUUGUGAUCCUGUACGUGUACAUGAACAGGAGCAACAAGAAGCGGGAUGCCGAGCAGGCUGCUCGUGGCGAGCUAUCUGAAGAGGAGGAGAAGGAGGCGAUUGAACGCGGCAUGCUCGAUAUGACGGAAAUCGACAACAAGGGAUUCCGAUAUAUUCUAUAAAGGGAAGUUCACAAUAGAUCUAGAUCCGUUACAACCUUCAAUGCCG